AUGGAUAACGAGACAUUUGCAUCAAUCUACGAGCAAGACCCAUCACUUGUCGACUCACAAGAUGCCUAUGGAUAUACCCCUUUGAUGAUCGCCGUGAUGUCGGGACGGACCGAAGUGGCCGAUUUCUUGAUUGCAAAGGGUUCGAACUUGAGCCAUGUCGACAAGGACGGGCACAACGUCGUCCACUGGGCUGUAGUUUGUGGCCAGAAGGCCCACCUGCUCCAUUACUCCACGGCAGCUGAAGAGAUCCCCAGCGAUACCGCGAUUGCGAUUUUGCAUACGCUGUUAAAAAAAGGGGCACACGUGAACUGUGUGGACAUUGACGAGCGGACGCCGAUCCUUUGGGCGGCUAGUAACGGCAACAUCGAGGCGCUGAUCUCGUUGACGCAAGCCGGUGGGGAUAUUCAGACUAUUAUUGUCCGCGCAAGGCGGUUU